AUGCACUUCUCAUUACUUUUCUUCCUUUCUUUGACAAGCCUCCACACAACUACAACGGCAGCCACUAUACAAGGAAGAUCAACAGCAAACCAGAGACGACAGACAGACCCCAAACCUAUACGAGGGUUGAAUAAAGGGUUGGAUGAAUAUGAGAUAAAAGCCACAACAACCCAGAUCAUCGGCGACCCUGAUAUCGCUCUCUCCCUUACAAUCUUGGAUGGGCAAGUUGGUGAUGCACCCGUCUGUUCAAUUCUUAUCAAUACCGAGGUGCCAUUCAUAGUUGAAAAACAACCAUGCAACGUCAACAAUACGUUUGUAUCCUAUAGAUGGAACGGGAAGGAUGAUGGAUCACGAUUCGAGUACAUUUACCAUAGGCCAACGAAUCCGGACCCGGAUUUUCGAGGCCUGAAUUUCCUAGAACCGUGUACCAAUGGUGCAAAUUGCGUUUGGCGCUUCAGAGAUGGACCAGAGUCAGAAGGCACAGAAGAUACAGGAGAUGCAGAAGUUCUAGAAUCUGAUGCCUUGGGGACUACUCUUCACUUGGAAUAA